AUGAAGACUCGACCCACUGGAAACACUUCCAAUGCAGACUGGAUGGGCUCCCUGUGCCCUGCCCUCUCAUCCAUGCCCCUCAAGCACCUGGCGGUUCCUGGAUGCUGCCUUCAUGCUUGUGCUAUAGGUUCUCAUGAUUCCUUCAGCUUCUGGGUGGAUGAACAAGCUCCGGUCGGUCCAGACCAGAAAGCGUAUGUGAAGCACCUAGCUGCGAUUUUUCGCUUCCUGGCCAAGAAGGUGAUGAAGAAGUGGUCCAUGACCCAGAACCUCACCUUUAGGGAACAGCUCGAAGGAGGAAUACGCUAUUUUGACCUACGUGUUUCCUCUAAACCAGGAGAACCAGGCCACGAGAUAUACUUUAUACACGGGCUGUUUGGACACAAAGUACGUGAUGGCCUUAAUGACAUUAACAAUUUUUUGAACAUACACAAGAAAGAGGUUGUUUUUUUAGACUUUAACCAUCAUUAUGCAAUGAGCGAAGAGCAUCAUUAUUACCUAAUCAAGAUGCUGAAGGACGUGUUUGGUCACAAGCUCUGCAAGAUCGACGUGGUGGAGGACAUCACUCUGAAUUAUCUGUGGGAGAACAGGUACCAGGUUCUAGUGUUCUACCAUCAUCCUUCCGCUGAGGGUUGUCCUGUGAUGUGGCCUGGUAGUAAAAUUCCCGCCCCCUGGGCCAAUACAACAGACACCACCAAGCUCAUCCAGUUCCUGGAGACAACUCUGGGUGAACGAGCCAAAUAUGGCAGCUUUCAUGUCUCUCAAGCUAUUUUAACCCCACGUGUCAAGACCAUCGCCAGGGGCUUGGUACAAGGGCUAAGAAACUACCUGGUGGAGAGGAACCUUCCAACCAUAAUGACGUGGGUGGAGGCACAAAAGCCAGGUGUAGACGGGGUCAAUAUCAUCACUUCAGACUUCGUAGAACUUGUGGACUUCGCUAACACUGUCAUUAAAUUAAAUAACCUUCUUAUUUAGGAUCGGCAAGGGACACGGCCUAUUUAGUGACCAGAAUGAAGGACUAUGAGAGCUUACCAUUUUUUAUAUUUAUUUCAACAGAACUUUAAGUGCCAUCAAUCAGAUACCCAUGUUCACUGAAACUCAACUGCUGUUUUUAUUCUUUUCAACAACAG